GUUACGCGGUACGCGCUACGCUCUCGCGGUGUAAUCCGCAAUCAUCACCAGCAGUUGCAUAUGUGAGACGUUACAACGUUCUGUAACUGCUGGUGGUGAUUGCGGAUUACACCCCAUGUGCCCGCGGCCUUAGCUUUAGUAAUCGAACACAUCUAGUUGUAACCUUCCAGGCUUCUUAUGAAAAAUUGUCUACUUUUUCAGUGAUGCAAAAUAUUAAUCAUCUAAAAUAGUUACGAAUCCAUAUUGAAAUAAACUUUAAGAUUGAAACAAGAAUUUUAAUAAAAGUUGCCUGAAUAGUUCAUUGUUAUCUAAAUAACGCUUUAUCCAUUUGACUGGUUUUUAUACAAGGUUUUAAAUACUUCCUAACUGAUUCAAAAUGUCUUUAGCUGAUAAACUUUUAGCAGAUCUUGAAGAUGAUGCUGAUAUUCAAGAAGAAGAAAUACUAGAACAGUUUUUCCCAGCAUCCUUGUCGUCAUCUAAAUUAACAGAGAAAGGUGAGCUUAUUUUUUUUCCUCAUUUACAAACCAUCUACUAAAUUAAAGUUGAUUCAAUUAAAGAACUUGCAAAGUUGCGAGACUCACCAUUAAUGCGAAAAGUCACAUCCAGUAUUGACAGUUAUAGUAAAAUUACAAGAAAAUCUGUGGACAUUGUUGGUCCAGUAGAAUCUGACCCAGAAUAUCAGUUAAUUGUUGAAGCUAAUAAUUUGGCUGUUGAAAUUGAUACUGAAAUUGCUACUAUACAUAGAUUUACAACAAGUAAAUACUCCAAAAGAUUUCCAGAACUUGAAUCCUUAGUUGUUGAACAUUUAGAGUAUUUAAUGACUGUCAAAGAAUUAGGUAAUGACUUAGAUAAGGCUAAAAACAAUGAAAUUCUACAAAAGUUUUUAACUCAGGCUACUAUUAUGGUUGUAUCUGUAACUGCUUCUACAACACAAGGGCAAGAACUUACACAAUUAGAGUUACAAGCUAUUGAAGAAGCAUGUGAUAUGGCUAUAGAGCUGAACAGCUUAAAACAGAAAAUAUUUGAUUACGUUGAAAGUAGGAUGGCUUUCAUAGCUCCAAACUUGUCAGCCAUUGUUGGAGCUUCAACUGCUGCAAAAUUAAUGGGAGUAGCUGGAGGACUGACUAAGCUAUCAAAAAUGCCUGCUUGUAAUAUUCUAUUAUUAGGUGCCAAAAAGACUACUCUUACUGGCUUUUCACAAGUAACAGCUUUACCUCAUACCGGGUUUAUUUUUUAUUCCAAAAUUGUUCAGGAUACAACUUCAGACUUAUGGAGAAAAGCUGCGAGACUUGUAGCUGCCAAAAGUACACUGGCUGCUCGUGUGGAUGCUUGUCAUGAAAGCACAGAUGCACACAUUGGUGAACAAUUACGAGAAGAAAUAGAGAAGAAACUAGACAAACUAUUAGAGCCUCCUCCAGUAAAGUUUGUCAAACCAUUACCUAAACCUAUUGAUCCGGGUAGAAAAAAGCGUGGUGGUAAGAGAGUUCGCAAAAUGAAGGAACGAUACGCUAUUACAGAGUUCAGAAAACAAGCUAACAGAAUGAAUUUUGCGGAUAUUGAGAGUGAUGCUUACCAAGAAGAUCUUGGAUAUUCACGAGGUACAAUUGGGAAAGCAGGAACUGGAAGAAUUCGGUUACCACAAAUCGAUGAAAAGACCAAAGUUCGAAUUUCUAAAACAUUACAGAAAAAUUUCCAGAAACAGCAACAUUGGGGUGGCAGCACAACAGUUAAGAAGCAAGUGUCUGGAACUGCGUCUAGUAUUGCCUUCACACCCUUGCAGGGUCUAGAAAUAGUCAAUCCACAGGCAGCAGAAAAAAAAGUAAACGAAGCAAAUGCAAAAUAUUUUUCUAAUACUGGAGGCUUUUUAAAAAUUAAAAAAUUGUAAUCUUUUUAGUGUAGCCUUCACAAUAUAUAUUUGAGUUUACUAAUAAAUUUUUAUGAGUACUAUAUCAAACUCGACUGUUACAGAAUUCAUAAUAAGAUUCUUAUAUAUUCAUGAUAAAUUUUUAAUAUCAUAUAUUCAAGGAUUUAGUAGGGGGGUCAGGUUGGUUUCCAUGACCUUCUCAAUUAGGACUGACCCACCAAGAUUAUUUUAAUAAAUUUUAGUCUGCUGAACAUAAUUAUCAAUAAUGGGUCGCUGUCCGAGUCGUAAAUUUUUGUUAUUAACGAAUUUUUUGAACAAAUAAUGAAAUUUUUUAAUUUUGGUAGACAAAAAAUU